GUUUGCCACGAAUUGGAGCUGACUGGACUCUACGGCAACUAACAACAAGGUAGGUAGGGCAGGUAAUUAAUUCAGCUAAUUUCCGGAUGUAAUUAAUUAAAGAAUGUACAUUGUGUGCCAGGUCUUGUCCUUGGUGAUGGAAAUAGAGACACCAGAGAAGGUGACAAGGAGACAAACCAGUAAAGUCAGUUACAUUAGGGGGCAGACUCGAGAAAAUAUACAGAAGAAAUUUGAAAAAAGAAACUUUUUUUUUAUUUUAAAAUUACACGCUACAGAAAAGAUGCAAAGUACAGAAACGCACAAAAAGAUUACAAUCCCACCACCCAGAGGAAACCAGGCUAACAAUCCGAUGUAUCUUCUCAAACUUGGUAUUUUUUUUAAAGGCGGACGUCCUCUUCUGUUUUGUAAAAGAACUGUUGAAUUCUUACUGGAAGCGGCGCGCCGCUCGAGGGAAGCUUUCCAGACGGCGGUUUGGGAGCCGCGAUUUAAGGGUGCCGUAAUUCAAUGGGUGAAGACCAUGAUCUCCCCUUUACAGAGCAGGAGGUCGAUCCUCAGAGGAGUGACGUCACUUCUCUGUAGGUUCUGCGAGAAAGAAGCUAGGAGGGUCCAGAUCCGCGGCAACCCCAGCUUCAGCAACCUACCAGGUACCACGAGCGAGGUGGGGGCUAAGUGGGGCUCGUGAUCUGCCGGAGGCGUGGCCUUAGGGCGCGACGUCACAUUCCCUCUGUCUGGCGGCCCAUUGGUUCUCUGUGACCGCCCUUUUCCGGGGGAGGGAAACUAGUUGCAGAACCGGAAGUGAUGCAGCCCUGGGUUAUAGAGAGAGUGGCGGCGUUUAAAGCUGAGAGAUUUGGUGCUAUUGGAGCCGGCUAGCUUUUCCAUUCAGGCUCCAGUCCGAGCUAGGAGAAGACCCCCAGGAUCCUGGUAGCCAGUGGCAGGGAAUUGAGUUGGAUUGCCAAGAAUCUGGCGCUCGUAGAAAUAACCGAGCCACAGAGGACUGUCCCUGGGGCGGAGCCCGCUGCCCAUGGCCACGCCCCCGGGUGCUGGUCCCGCCUCUCUUCGUUUAGCGGCUGCAGCCAGCUGGCAAGUCGUGCGCGGACGCCGUGUGGAGCUAUUUCCGCGAGUACUGGAGUUUAUGCAGUCCCUGCGUUUUGCUGCACCUGGCUUGGUUCGCUACCGGCACCAUGAACGCCUGUGUAUGGGCCUAAAGGCCAAGGUGGUAGUGGAGUUGAUCCUGCAGGCCCGGCCUUGGGCCCAGGUCCUGAAUGCCCUGAAUCACCACUUCCCAGAGUCUGGACAUCUAGUGCGGAACCCCAAAGCUACAAAGCAGGAUUUGAUGAAGAUCUUGGAGUCACAGGAAACCUUUCGCCAGCAGGUUAAGCAGCUGGCAGAGGCCCCUGUGGAUUUGGCUUCGAAGCUGCAGGAACUUGAACAAGAGUAUGGGGAACCCUUUUUGGCUGCCAUGGAAAAGCUGUUUUUCGAAUACUUGUGUCGGCUGGAAAAAGCACUGCCUGCACUACAGGCACAACAGCUUCAGGAUAUGCUGAGUUGGAUGCAGCCUGGAGUUUCUAUCACCUCUUCUUUUGCCUUGAGCCAGUAUGGUGUGGACAUGGGGUGGACACUUCCAGAGUGCUCUAUUACAGAUUCAGUGACUAUGACACAGCCCAUGGAGCCGAAUCCUCCUCAGCAACCAAGACUAGCACUCGGCAGUUCUCUACCAAACACCAAGCAUAGCCCACACUUUCCUCAGGAACCAGCCUCAAGGACACACCCAGAACCGUUGACUGGCCAUCAUUUCAAUCUGGCCCCUAUAGGCCGGCGAAGAAUCCAAUCUCGAUGGGCAUCCACUAGAGGAGGCCAUAAGGAGCGCCCCACAGUCAUGUUGUUCCCCUUUAGGAAUCUGGGCUCAUCAGCCCAGGUCAUAUCUAAGCCUGAGAACAGAAGGCAACAUUGGACACACACAGCAGAUCCAGCAUGUGCUGUGGGCACAAGGACAGCCUCCGCUGGAAAGCCCAAGUGUCCAUCCCAACACCUAGGGGGAAGGGCUCUAAAGGAGAACCCAGUUGGCUCAUCUGCCUCAGAGCAAAAGGAGAAUUGCCUGGAUUGUGCCCUGGAUCCCCUAAAACUGUCAUUAUCUCCUCCUAGAACCAGGAAGCCAGCUAGUUCUCCAUCUCUGUGCAGCCCCAUCAUUACCAUAGGGGACUUGGUUUUGGACUCUGAUGAUGAAGAGAAUGGCCAGAGGGAAGGGAAGGAGUCUCUGGGAAACUAUCAGAAGACGAAGUUUGACACCCUGAUCCCCACCUUCUGUGAAUACCUGCCCCCUUCUGGCCCCAGUGCCAUCCCUGUCCCUUCCCAUGACCAUACAGACAGUUCCAGACCCUGAAAAUAGGACCACAAUGCCAUCUGUACUCUCUCUCCUUCCUCCUCAGCCAUACAAGCAGUUUAGUGGGAAUGAAGUGGAAGUCCAGGAUUGGGUUGCCUGACUACAUUGCUAAACUUCUUUGUGAUGCUUGGUAAUUAAACUCUGGAUUUGUUAAAACAUUGUCUUGAUGUGAGGGAGAGGAAUUAGGGCUUCCAAAAGGUCAUUGUAGGUCAUUCCUUAGAAACAGGGCUGGAAGAAUCCCUUUGCCUUUUUACCUCCCUUGGAAAAUGUUCACAUGUGCCCAGAAGGGCUACCAGGGUUGACAGUCUGGAAGAGAAAUGUCCUUUUGCUAUUCUGAAAACCUUUAUGUCAGAAUAAACUUUGUAAAUUCUCAUGCUGCCAUGUUAUCUGGGGAUGGUAGCACUAGAACGGAGAUACUCAUGCGAAAAAUGCAUACUGUCCUUCACCCGACUAGGCAGAUGGGUCAGUGCCAACCCUACCUCCCCUUGCCCUGGAGCAGCACCAGAUGCCAACCUUGUGCCAAAAGCCCUAGCAUCUCUUUACUGGGCUCUCUGUUUACUGGGCUAUUUCAAAUAUGUAAACACAGCUUCUGAACUUUAAAUUUUAGAUAGUCAAAGGUCUCGUUUAAUGAAGCUGAUUAACAAAACAUGAUUCUAAAUAUCCUGCCUCUUCCAGACCAAGGUCAUAUAAAACACUGUUAUGAAUCAGCCUCUUUUCCUUCUAAUAAUCUUCAGGAUGUUAGGUCCCCAGAUUCCCAGUUGAUUAUUUUACUUUAUUUUCUCAGACUGUCUUCCUUGCUCCCUCCCCAGUGAGCCUCUUGGUAUUUUGUGUGUAGAUCGAGUAGUGCAGA